CAUUUUUUAGAAUUAUUAGAAGAAACUCCGAGAAACUCGCUUAGAAUUGAUGGCAUUGAAAAAAUAUGAUGGAACAGUGACUUCUCACAUGGAACAAAAUUGAAGACAAACCUUAAAUAAAUGGUUGAAGUACUUAAGGACAAGGGAAAGAAGAGGAUGAAAUCAGGCACCUCUCGGUUAUUCGAACUUUUGCCAGAUCCAUAUGACAUCUCGCAAAGACGAUUUUUUCGGGUUUGUUUGUUUACCGAUGUGAAGAAUGCUUCUGAGCUGAGACAAGCAGUAAUGAAUGGAUCAAUCGAUGCCGCUUUGAUCAAACCUGAAUUGGUUUUGGAAGUUUUCACGCUUUUGGCAGCAGCAAAUAAGGCUGUCCACCAGGCUGCACAUAAUCGACUUUCAACUCGAACUCUUCAUGCUGAAUUGAUAUACUCGUUGUCACCCGACCGGAACAUAUUAGAAUCAUUAUUAACAUUUGGUAUUGCGGAAGAAAGUCGUAACCUUUUGGUUGGUAUUUUUGACGACGAAAAUGGUGAAAAAAUGGUUAAAAUGGCAAAGAAAAUUGAUGGUAAGCCAGUUCCGAUGACCAUACUACCUCAAAUGGCCGACUAUGAACGUAUUAAAAAGGUAUACAGAGUGAAGGAAUCAGAAUACAAUGAAGAAACAAUAAGUGACGCAAUUAUAACUCGAAUUGCUACCAAAGAUUGUAUUUAAAAUGCGCUGUUUCCUGCUGUGCGCUUCUUCAGUCCAUUUUAAAAACAUAGUUGGCAUAUAACUGUAAAUCAAGUUGUUAUUUUUCUUUCAAAUUUGCAGUGUUUUCGAUAAAUGCUUCUUUAUUUUCUGUACACUGCCAGAUAUUAGCGCUUCUAAUUAGUUGUAUCAAUUUUCGUUUAGUGUUUGUUUUUUACAUUUCAAUUGUGAUAUCACUGUAAAAGGAUUGGGAAAGUUAAGGUCAAAUUUAAGAAUGC